CUUUGUUUACAUUGCACUCAAUGUUUUCAGGAACAUCUUUAUUUUUCAUCUCCUCAGAAAACAAUCUAAGCACUGAGGAAGUAUGUAAACUACUAUCAGUGAGAAGUCAAAUGAUCUGACUUAAUGUCAAAUAGGAUUUAACGAUCAAGAGGUCCCGUGAUGCCAGUGUUAUGAGUGAAAUGUUCAACACAAAUUAAGGGAAUAUAAAGACAAGAGGCCUUAUCCAUUGCAUGUUAGUAGCCUUUGUUUUGCAGGAAAGGUUAUCCUCUGAAACAACAGCAGGGAAUUACUGCAUAAUGGUCAAUUAUGGGAUGAUCUGGUAAAUUUAGACAACACUGGAAUAACUAAUGUGCUUAUUUAGGGCAACCAAAAAACACUCUGCCAAAUAUCUGUGUUCAUUUGAUUUUGAAUCCCAAAGGAAAGGAUGAAUUAUAGAGAAAUAAAUAAUUUAAUAAUUAGUAUGUGAAAGUAAAGUACUUCAAGAAAUCGCUAUAGUAUCCAGAUUGUCUUGCACAAUCUUUAUUGUUAAAGAUUUUGUGUAAGUAUAAUAUGAAACAAUGAUCUUUCAUCAACUAAUUUCUAUGAAUUCUUUUCUUUACAGUGGUGUUUGUCACCAAAAUACAUAAUAUUUGACUGGCCAUCACAACUUUCCUUGGCCCCAGGCAAUUCCAUCUAUCAUAGCUGACAUGUUUUAUCUGAAUUAAGUUCCAGCCUUGAAGGACUCAAAGAUCAGAACAUGAUUUUCUGCAAUCAAGGCCAAAUGGAUUCUUCUGAAAUCAUGCAUGCCAAAAGCCCGAAUGGCAUCCUAUGAUGGGGGUAUAAAACCCCACAGACUGGUCUUGGCAGGUACCCUGUAGUACUUGAGCACAAGUAAAUUUGCCAAAUUUAUCAUCCCAAGAAACAACAUGAACAUAAAGUGGUUUGCAUUUUUAGCUUUUUUAAUCCUUCUCAAAAGUUCCCAGACUAACAGUCAAGAUGUACGGGUGAAGCUUUGCGGUCGUGAGUUCAUUCGGAUGGUUGUCACAUCGUGUGGGAGCCCUCGACUUAAACGGCAAGCGUCUGAUUCCUACCAUCCCUUCGCAAACCUCCAGUGGAGUCUUAAAAAUUGGCUCUAUAGAGAUCUCUUUGCAUACCAGAAAGGGACCCUGGCUGGUGAAGACAAGCAGUGGAGAGAACAUGACUCCCCUGAGAGUGUGACAGAGCAGCCAGCCUCCCACCACCACAUGAGCCCACCAGCAGAGCUUCUGGAACACUCCACCACUGUGCAGGAUCUGAGCAUGUCAUCCAGGACCCGCCGCGAUGUUGGACCAGCAGGCGUGUGCUGUACUUCGGGAUGUACUAUGAGUGAACUGAUUCAGUACUGCUAAAACUCAUGGCAGCUCCCCCUUUCUCCUUGCUCAGAUGUCUUCUACCCCAAAGAACUUUGGAGGCUGUGUGGCAUUAAAUUAUGCUUCAUGAAAAACGGUUUCUUUAAAGUUACCUUAAAGAGUUAUUCAAUCCGAAAACGUAAAUUCUGUUGUCAUUUACUCGCCCUCAUCUUCUUCCUAACUUGUAGGGCUUUCUUUUGUUCUGUGAAACACAAGAGGAAACAUUUUGGAGAAUGUUGAUGCCGCUCAAUGAAUGUGAAUAGUGACUGAGGCAGUCAACAUUCUGCCUAGCAUUUUCUGUUGUGUUCCACGGAAUAAAGAAAAACAUACAGGUUUAAUUUUGGGUGAACUAUCCCUUUAAGUGCGUAUCACGAGUGUUAAUACAGGUAUCUAAGAAAUUGUGAUUAUUCACGGGGAGAGUGUUGUUUAAUAUAGCAUGGUGAAGCUUUGGUGAUGGUAUUCUUCUUGUAAAUGUUAAUUAUAUAAAGCACAGGGAUGAUUAGUUGUUAAAUAUAUUUAAAAAGAUUUUAGGCUUUGUGGCUUAUUUCUUUUCUGGAUUAAUAGACUAGUUGUUUUUGACUCCAGGAUUUCAGUAUGACAGGUAACGGUGAGAGGGCCCUUGCUGCAGUGAAUGCAAAGAUACAGCUAAUGUUUUGUCUAAUCUUUGGUGAAUUACUUAUUUAGAUGAUAAGUGACUGAAUUUAAAGUUUGUAUAUUUGGUCUAUGUAGUGAAUAAUCAUAAAAAAGGCUUCCUGUAUUUUCAACAUAAGAGCAGUU